AUGGAUGCCAUAUUUGGAAGCAGCCAUCAGCAGCCCAAGCCUGGUGCUGAGGCUGCCGCAGGGGACGAGCAGGACGUUCCCGCUUCAGAGUACGCGCGGCUGGAACGGUUCGUCGUCGCAUGGCUCGUGGGCAACAAUGCUAUAUUCACGCUCGCCGCUCUGAGUAAAGGGAGCCUUCGCACUCACGCUUCGCAUUUGGAGAUUAUGGUUUUUUCGAUUAGCAUGAGUCUGUGCUUGUUAUAUGCCUUCGGCACGAUGAACUCGUCGGCCGUCGGUAGGCGUGCGAUCCUUAUCUGGUUCAUCUUCUGGCUGUAUCAGGGCGUAUUUUCGGUUGUUUAUUCGUUGUCGGAUGGAAAUACUAUCCUCGCAACAUUCAUGUAUUUCUUGUGGAACGUGUUUGUCGCCGCCACAUUCGCUUGGCUCAUAGCAGUCAUUCGCUCGGAGCUGCGCGCGCUCGGCUCGCUGGAUACCGUGACGACCCGGAUCACGGGGAGGCUUACCGAAAUCAUAGGCCUGCAGGCCGCGCUGUCGCUCAUCGCAGUCUCGCAGGGGAUCGGACCGGAUGAAUUUUUCCGACUCGCCGCGACUUAUCUUUUUCAGCUUUCGCUGAUCAUGGCAUGGCUGUUCUCACUGGGAGUCUUCGACGUCGGAGGAAUAGAUCCUCACCUCGCGGUGACCAAACUCAGUCUUAGCCUUGUGGAGGGGGCUGCGUUAUUUUUUACGGGUGUACUCGUGCUCGCAGGGUUCGGCGCCUACUUCCUCUCUGAGCGGUCUCAACCGGAUCGCAGGGCAAUCGUGCGCCUAUUCUACAUUACCACCGUCUCGAUCACUGGGGCCUAUUGCUGCACCGCACGCGUCGUCUGGGUCGCGCGCCGCCGGAGGCGGUCCAAGGUCAGCGACUCGGACCCGGAACCGCCGGCGUAA